CAUGAAGCCAUCUCACCGCGCCAUUACAUUUUAGGGCAGGGAGGUUAAGAAGUCGGCAUGGCGUUUGGGUCAAUAAAAUCGAUAGCUGGAACCUGCCUGUGUUUUAGGCAGCGGUGGUGCAGGAGCGGCGCCGCCAUCUUCCCCGAAGGCAUCUUCCGGUGCUUCUCACCCAAGUUCCAGCAGGAGUUCCCUGAAUAACGGGGCGGUCUGUGUCUGGCCGCCCGGCCCCUCUCAGGCAGCCGAUUCAGAUUUCCUCCCGGCCGAAGGCCGGGCUUCUAAGUCUCGGGGUACGCGGUGCCCCGGGCAAGGCCGGGGAGCAGGUCCAAUGGCGCCGCCUUCGGCCCCGCUGCUUGAGCAGGCACCCGGAGAGGUUGGACCUACUCGGAGAAGGGGCAGGAGGCCAAGGGCCUUGAAGUUCGCGGAUGUGGCCGUGUACUUCUCCUCGGAGGAGUGGGGGCGUCUGAGGCCCGCGCAGAGGACUCUGUACCGGGAUGUGAUGCGCGAGACCUACGGCCUCCUGGGCGCGCUCGGAUGCGCAGGUCCCAAACCAGCUCUCAUCACCUGGUUGGAACGAAAUACUGAUGAUUGGGAACCCGCAGCCCUAGAUCCGCAGGAGUACCGGAGAUGGGUAACAUUCCAGAGAAAAACCAGGACCAGGCAGAAGAAUGAAGAGAAGGAAGUAUUCCCACCUAAGGAUGUACCCCGAAAGGGGAAACGAGGGCGGAAGCCCAGCAAACCCCGGCUGAUUCCCAGGCAGACAUCCGGCGGCCCCAUCUGCCCUGACUGUGGCUGUACCUUCCCUGACCUCCCCGCCCUGGAGAGCCACAAGUGCGCCCAGAAUCUGAAGAAACCCUAUCCCUGCCCGGAUUGUGGGCGCCGCUUUUCCUACCCAUCCCUGUUGGUCAGUCACAGGCGGGCACACUCUGGUGAGUGCCCUUACGUUUGUGACCAGUGUGGCAAACGUUUUUCCCAGAGGAAAAACCUGUCUCAGCACCAAGUCAUACACACAGGAGAGAAGCCCUACCACUGCCCUGACUGUGGCCGCUGCUUUCGACGGAGCCGGUCCUUGGCCAAUCACCGGACCACGCACACCGGUGAGAAGCCUCAUCAGUGCCCUAGUUGCGGGCGUCGCUUCGCCUAUCCAUCUCUGCUCGCUAUCCACCAACGGACACACACAGGAGAGAAGCCCUACACCUGCCUAGAGUGCAGCCGUCGUUUCCGCCAGCGCACUGCCCUGGUCAUCCACCAGCGCAUCCACACUGGAGAGAAGCCUUACCCGUGUCCUGACUGUGAGCGGCGUUUCUCCUCUUCCUCUCGCCUGGUUAGCCACCGGCGUGUGCACUCUGGGGAGCGGCCCUAUGCCUGUGAGCACUGUGAAGCCCGCUUCUCUCAGCGCAGCACCCUGCUCCAGCACCAGCUUUUGCACACAGGCGAGAAACCCUACCCCUGCCCAGACUGUGGACGUGCCUUCCGAAGGAGCGGCUCCUUGGCCAUCCAUCGCAGCACCCACACAGAGGAGAAGCUGCAUGCCUGCGAUGACUGUGGCCGCCGCUUUGCCUAUCCCUCGCUGCUGGCCAGUCAUCGGCGUGUGCACUCAGGAGAGCGGCCAUAUGCCUGUGACCUUUGCUCCAAACGCUUUGCCCAGUGGAGCCACUUGGCUCAGCACCAGCUUCUGCACACUGGGGAGAAGCCUUUCCCUUGCCUUGAGUGUGGCAGGUGCUUCCGCCAGAGGUGGUCCCUGGCUGUCCACAAGUGCUGCCCCAACACCCACAAUGGCAGCCCUAGACCUCUUAUAGGAGGGCCCAACCAGAGGAGCAGUGCUCUUUAGCAUGACAAAGAUUAUGGAAAGUCACUUUAUGGGGGGUGCAAAACUCAGAGGAGCAGACCUAAAGCCCUGGCCCCCUGCUCCACACCCUGAACUCCACCACACUGGCUGCCCUAUAGCAUGUCUGAAACAGUUAUCAGGAGACAUGAUGCCAUUUGAUUAAAGUUUUCCGAGCUAACUUGUCUUAAAAUGAUGUGGGUGUGUUCUUCUCGCAGUCUCUUUUAGGGCCUUCUUUGUGUAUACAGAUUACCUUCACUCAGGAGAAUCUCAUUUAUAGAGGCAGAAUCUUCCCUGCUCUGCCUCUAUCUCCCUAUCAUGUGGAAAACCUGAAUUUGGCUCCAUAUUUGCAACACUUCUGCCAAGUAAUUGGCUAUUUCUGAAAACUGACUGGAGUUCACUCCCUCCUUGUGAGUGGCGUUCAGUUUUGGAAGGCUGCUUAUUGCGUUCUCCACGGUAAACCCGGCCUACAGUGCAUUCAGUAUUCUACCCACAGGAGCUCGUAGGAAACCUAAUCACUUUAUUUUGUGCCCAGGUUUGUGUGUGUGUGUGGGGGGGUUCCCCCACUUGUGGGGUUCAGUGAUUCCCCCACUGUAGUCUUCUGAGUAAUCUGAACACAUCUGCUACCACAUCUGGUCAAUGGUUCUUUUUUUAAGGAGUAUGUACAUAUUUGAACUAUUUUUAUGUUUUGCCUACAUGUAUAUCUAUAUGCCAUGGUUGGUCCAGGUACCAAAAGGAGGACAGAUGAGAGCAUCAGAGACCCUGGAACUGGAGUUACAGAUGGUUGUGAACCACCAUGUGCUGGGAAUUGAAUCCCAGGUCUUCUGGAAGAGCAGCCAGAGCUCUUAACCAGUGAGCCAUUUCUCCAGCUCCCAGUCAUUUUUGGAGGAGUGGUUCUUAGUUCCCACAAGUUAAAUCUGUCUCUUCUUAGGGAUCAUACAGAAACAACAGAGUAUCACACUCUGCAUUGUGUACCCCUCCAGUCUUAACUACUCUAGGUUACACUGACUUGGGGGUGAUUCCACUGUGAUUGUUGGGUUUCAGACCUCUAAGAUUUAUUUAUUGUGUAUAUAAUGCUUUGCCUGCAUGGGCAGAAAAGGGCACCAGAUCUCAUUUCAGAUCGUUAUGAGUUACCAUGUGCUUGCUGAGAAUUGAACUCAGGACCUAGGGAGGAGCAGUUAGUGCUCUUAACCUCUGAGCCAUCUCUCCAGUCCCAGUUUCAGACCUCUAAACACUCUUACCUUUCUUUUUAAAGAUGUAAUAAAACCAAAUCACCAC